CCAUUUGCAUUGGGAAGGUGCAAGGGACUUGACUGCUCACCCUCUACGUGCAAUUCUGUACACACUUUCGGAAGCCACGACCCGCUCAAGUGAGAAGUUUUCAUUGAUGCUCGAUUAUUUUCGAUUCCCUUGUCAGUUCACAAACCAUGCUGAAACGAUACCCGCUGCCCAGAUCUAGAAGUGUCCCUUCGAAUGUUCACCAUCUAGCGACCUCGACAUUCAUUUCUUGCUCGCGCUUCUCAAACCAGUUCUCGUACCCUUCCUACCAAUCUUCUCAGUCUUGGCAAGCUCCUCAUAUUCGUCCUCAUCCUCAUCCUCGCUUUCCUCGGCGCUGUCUUCAUCAUAAUCCUCGUCUUGAUCCUCCUCGGUCUUCAACUUCUUCUCACGUGGUGUCAAGCGAACCUCGGGCUCCACGUCGGAUUCAUCUUCUUUGCCCUCACUUUCGUACUCUUCAACGUUCGACUCGUAUUGUUCCGCUUCCUGGUCUGACUCCUGCUCGGCAUCUUCAUCUUCAUCUCCAUCGAGCAGACUUGCAUUAUCGUGGACUGGGACUCGGGAAGGUGAGGCUGACAACUCGUCAGAUCGGAUUUGAGAGAGUGCAUCGUCAGUCGUAUGGUCUGGUUGAGGACUAGGACUCAUCGAACGUUGGGCAAAGGUUGGCGGCAGCGUAUCGUCGUGUUUGGACGCCAUCUUGUGCUUUGGUGAGAAGUUUGGUGAUGGGUAGCUUUUGAGUUGUUUUAGGAUAGCAGUUGAAGCUUCUAGGCUACGAGUAUAGCUUUGUUGUUGACGAAAGCGAACCCUCACUUGGAGAGAGUAGUAAUAGUCCUCUUAAGCGAGUUUCCAUUUUCAGCAACCGAUUUUCAGUGAAUUUUCCAGGCAGUGCGAGCAAUUUCUCGCCGGAUAGAAGUACUCGUUGAUGUUGAAAGGGCUGCCAAAUGCAUCAAAUUACUUUGAGCUACCA